UCCUUUUUUUGUUUUUUUGAGUUCAAAUGGAAGGAAUGCAAGUGUUUCCCAUAUCUGUUAUUCUCUGACCCUGUCUGUGUUGUAGUUAUUGGCUUGGAAGAUUAAGGAGUCUUAGAAGAAAGUGAUUGGCUGUAGAAUAAAGAGCAACUUAGUAGUGUUCAUCUCUGUAAAGCCCAGUGACCUCAAUCAGACAUGUACUCAGAGGCUUGGGACACUCAGGAGACAGUACUAAAAACAAGGACAGUCCUCCUGUAUCAUUAUGGAAAGAGUCUACCUGGAGAAGAAGCAGCAUGGUCCUGAUGAAGAAGCAGUUGUGGAUCUUGGAAAAACCAGUUCAACAAUUAAUACCAAAUUUGAAAAGGAAGAACUAGAAAGCCAUCGAGCUGUGUAUAUUGGGGUACAUGUCCCAUUUAGUAAGGAAAGUCGCCGACGUCAUAGACAUCGUGGGCAUAAGCAUCACCAUCGAAGAAGAAAAGACAAAGAAUCAGAUAAGGAAGAUGGCCGUGAAUCUCCUUCUUAUGACACACCUUCCCAGCGUGUCCAGUUUAUCCUUGGUACUGAGGAUGAUGAUGAAGAACACAUUCCCCAUGAUCUCUUCACUGAAAUGGAUGAACUUUGUUACAGGGAUGGGGAAGAAUAUGAAUGGAAAGAAACUGCAAGGUGGUUAAAAUUUGAAGAGGAUGUUGAAGAUGGUGGGGACCGAUGGAGCAAGCCAUAUGUGGCCACCUUGUCUUUACACAGCCUGUUUGAACUGAGGAGUUGUAUCCUAAAUGGAACAGUUAUGCUGGAUAUGAGAGCAAGCACACUGGAUGAAAUAGCAGAUAUGGUGUUGGACAACAUGAUUGCUUCUGGCCAGCUGGAUGACUCGAUAAGAGAGAAUGUCAGAGAGGCCCUUUUGAAGAGACAUCAUCAUCAAAAUGAGAAAAAGUUCACGAGCAGGAUUCCUCUUGUGCGCUCUUUUGCAGAUAUAGGCAAGAAACAUUCUGAUCCUCACUUGCUUGAACGGAAUGGGGAAGGCCUUUCAGCCUCCCGCCACUCUUUACGAACAGGUCUGUCUGCUUCAAAUCUUUCACUGAGAGGAGAAUCACCUUUGUCCCUUCUCAGUCAUCUUCUUCCUUCUUCAAGAGCUGGGACCCCGGCAGCCUCAAGGUGUACAACCCCUGUACCCACCCCUCAAAACAGUCCACCUUCCAGUCCUAAAAUCAGUCGACUGGAUUCCAGAAGUUCUCAGCAGAGUCAGCUGCAGGUCCCAGAACUUUUGAUUUCCUCUGCCAGUGAUGAUAUCCCCACAGUAGUAAUUCAUCCACCUGAGGAAGAAUUAGAAGCACUGGAAUGCCAGGAGCAGAAGGAGGAGGAAAAUAUUGACAUAAGCCCAGGCAUUUUGGCAUCUCCACAGUCAGCACCUGGAAACUUGGACAGUAGCAAAAGUGGAGAAGCUAAAGGUAAUGGAACUGGAGGAAGCCGAGAAAAUAGUACUGUUGACUUCAGCAAGGUUGACAUGAACUUCAUGAGGAAAAUUCCCACAGGAGCUGAAGCAUCAAAUGUUUUGGUGGGAGAAGUAGAUUUUUUGGAAAGGCCUAUCAUUGCAUUUGUGAGGCUGUCACCAGCUGUCCUUCUUUCAGGCCUAACUGAAGUUCCUGUUCCCACCAGGUUUUUAUUCCUUUUACUGGGCCCUGCUGGCAAGGCACCACAGUACCAUGAAAUUGGGAGAUCAAUAGCCACCCUUAUGACCGAUGAGAUUUUCCAUGAUGUUGCAUAUAAAGCAAAAGAUAGAAAUGACCUCCUUUCUGGAAUUGAUGAAUUUUUAGACCAAGUAACUGUUCUUCCUCCAGGAGAGUGGGACCCCUCUAUACGCAUUGAGCCACCAAAGAGUGUGCCUUCCCAGGAAAAGAGGAAGAUACCUAUAUUUCCAAAUGGAUCUACUCCGACAUCAGGUGAGGUGCACAAAGAGGAGGGACAUCAUGCAGGACCUGAACUGCAGAGGACUGGAAGGCUUUUUGGUGGUUUGAUACUUGACAUCAAAAGGAAAGCACCUUUUUUCUUGAGUGACUUCAAGGAUGCAUUAAGCCUGCAGUGCCUGGCCUCGAUUCUUUUCCUAUACUGUGCCUGUAUGUCUCCUGUAAUCACUUUUGGAGGGCUCCUUGGAGAAGCUACAGAAGGCAGAAUAAGUGCAAUAGAGUCUCUCUUUGGAGCAUCUUUAACUGGGAUCGCCUAUUCGCUGUUUUCUGGGCAGCCACUUACAAUCUUAGGAAGUACAGGACCAGUUCUUGUAUUUGAAAAAAUAUUAUUUAAAUUUUGCAAAGAUUACAAUCUUUCCUAUCUGUCAUUACGGACCAGCAUCGGUCUCUGGACUUCCUUCUUGUGCAUUGUCUUGGUAGCUACAGAUGCAAGCAGCCUUGUGUGUUACAUCACUCGGUUUACCGAGGAGGCCUUUGCAGCCCUCAUUUGCAUCAUAUUUAUCUAUGAAGCAUUGGAAAAGCUCUUUCAUUUAGGAGAAGCCUAUGCUUUCAACAUGCACAAUGACCUAGACAAGCUGACAUCCUAUUCAUGCGUGUGUGCUGAGCCUCCAAAUCCUAGCAAUGAAACACUCCGGAAAUGGAUGGAGAUGAAUCACUCAGCACAAACAAUUCCAUGGGGCAAUCUGACUGUUUCUAAAUGUAAAACAUUUCAUGGUGUCUUCCUGGGGUCAGCCUGUGGGCUUCAUGGGCCAUAUAUUCCCGAUGUGCUCUUUUGGUGUGUCAUCUUAUUCUUUACAACGUUCUUCCUCUCGUCAUUCCUGAAGCAGUUUAAGACCAAGCGCUAUUUUCCUACCAAGGUCCGAUCAACGAUCAGUGAUUUUGCUGUAUUUCUCACCAUAGUCACUAUGGUUGCUGUGGACUACCUUGUAGGUGUUCCUUCUCCAAAACUUCAUGUUCCUGAAAAAUUUGAGCCUACUCACAAAGACAGAGGUUGGAUCAUAUGCCCACUAGGUGAUAAUCCAUGGUGGACAUUAUUAAUAGCUGCUGUUCCAGCCCUGCUUUGUACUAUUCUCAUUUUCAUGGAUCAGCAAAUCACAGCAGUCAUCAUCAAUCGAAAGGAACAUAAAUUGAAGAAAGGAGCUGGAUAUCAUCUUGAUUUGCUCAUGGUUGGUGUUAUGUUGGGAGUUUGCUCAGUUAUGGGUCUACCAUGGUUUGUGGCUGCAACGGUAUUAUCCAUAAGUCAUGUAAACAGCUUAAAAGUUGAAUCUGAAUGUUCUGCUCCAGGAGAACAACCUAAGUUUUUGGGGAUUCGGGAGCAGCGAGUUACAGGCUUACUAAUUUUUGUUCUGAUGGGCCUCUCUGUGUUCAUGACUUCUGUAUUAAAGUUUAUUCCAAUGCCAGUUCUCUACGGUGUCUUUCUUUAUAUGGGAGUUUCUUCACUAAAAGGCAUUCAGUUUUUUGAUCGUAUCAAAUUAUUUGGAAUGCCUGCUAAACACCAGCCAGACCUGAUAUAUCUGCGUUAUGUCCCGCUUUGGAAGGUCCACAUCUUCACAGUGAUUCAGCUCACCUGUUUGGUUCUUUUGUGGGUGAUAAAAGCCUCAGCUGCUGCAGUUGUUUUUCCCAUGAUGGUUCUUGCCUUGGUAUUUAUACGCAAACUAAUGGACUUAUGUUUUACAAAACGAGAACUGAGCUGGCUUGAUGAUCUCAUGCCGGAAAGUAAAAAAAAGAAAGAAGAUGACAAACAAAAGAAGGAAAAGGAGGAGGCUGAACGGCUGCUUCACGCUGAUGACAGUGACACCGUGCACCUUCCGUUUGAAAGAGGGAGCCUCCUGCAGAUUCCAGUGAAGGCCCUCAAGUACAGUGUUGAUCCAUCAGUUGUUAACAUAUCAGAUGAAAUGGCCAAAACCGCCCAGUGGAGAGCCCUUGCCAUGAGCACCGAGAGCGCCAAAGCAUCCAGGCCGAGCAUGAGCUCUUUACAGCUCAUCUUUCCCUCUUCACCUUUCCUCUCAUCCUCCUGUCAACAUCUUGACCCUGCUGGGAAAAGUCCUAGCCCAGAAAAACCAGUGAGUGUGAAAAUAAAUCUUGAAGAUGAACCUACAAGGAAAUAUGUGGAUGCUGAAACUUCAUUAUAGAACUAAACCAAGAAGAAUUAUGUGUGUGUUGUGUGUUUGUAUAGACUAUUAUUGGCUGCCAUACCACCAAAGUGUGACUCCCCUGGUUUUGAACGUGUUUGACUUGUAUGUUAUGAGGAUGGUAGAAACUGUAUAUAUAAUGAGGUGGGUCUCUUGUGAGCAAGGUACAUAGUUGAAUAUUUAUUCUGUUAGAAAAAUUAUUUUUCAGUUUUGAAAUAGGAAGAUGUGGGAAAAGCCUAAGUGUGUUUUUCCCCCCUUAAAAAUCUGUAUGUGUACCAAAAGUUAAUCAAUCUUAGUUUAUAUUUGUCCAUAUAUUUAUUAUUGAGAGAUCUCUGUGAAUUUUAAUCUGAGUUGAAUUUUAACCUGAGUUAUUUAAAAAUUUCACCUUUUCUCCAAUUAUUGUUUUGAGUUUCAUGGAAAAAAAGUGAAGCUUUUUUGUUGGUUUUUAUGAAACAAAUGGUAGCAUGCCUGUUAUAUGACAAGUAGCUUCUUGGUUUUCCUCUGGUUUUGUGGAGUUCUUUAUACAGUUGGCCAUGUCACUAUUUCCCAGAGAUGGAUUUUUAGCCAUAUAGGUUAAUGUGAAAUAUUUAUUAGAAAUUUUGUAUUUAUGACUGUCACUUUUUUAAGCUAUAAAAAACAAUAAGAAAAAAUCCAUCCUCUGUUUUCCAAUGUAAUACUUAUGUAGAAAUAUAGGUGAUUUUAAAAUACACUUUUACCCCCAUACCAGUCUUAGCCACUCUGUCUACUUAUAAUGAUCAUUUUUAGACACUCUAAAACAGCUGUUUUGAGUAGUUUGAAACAUAUUUGGCUUUGUUGCAGUCUUUAUUUUUUUCAUGAAUCCUUGUGAUUAUAGUAGAGCAUCAUAUGCCUGUUAGCCAUUCUCUUCCUUGUAUGUCUAUAUAAUUUACUGAAAAAAUACGGAAAGCAUGUGUAAAGGACAUGUUCUCUUAACUCAUAAAGCCUCUUUUGGUCUCAUUUUCUUAGAAUGUUUUAGCUUAGUAUCAGGUUCAGUUCUUGAUUAUUUUUCAUUUAAAAAAAGAAGUGUGAUUAAAUAAUCAGGAGUCAGAAUUCUGGAAUGGGUUUAUGAUCAGUAUUACUUUCUGGGCUCUUAAGAAUUACCUUGGAUUUUCUGUUUACAUUUCCAUUCUUUCCACUGUACAGAAUAUAUUUAAUACAAUGCUAACCUUGGAUUUGUUUCUAAAAUUUUUAUUUAUUUUGAUUGGUGUAAAAAUUAAGUUCUGUACAAAAAAUUUAAGGUAAUGCAUAUACAGUAGAGUAAAUGUGUUAAUGUAAAUAGUUGGGGCUCUUACAUGUAUGAUUAAUUCCCUGAAAGAAUACAUUUGACAAAUUUGAUAAAUUUGAUAUUAAACACUGCCAUAUUAGUGUUUUUCAAGGAAAUUAAACAUUUUAUGUAAAGCUCAGACUAUUGAUGACAAGCCUAUUUUAUGAUUUGGAUUACUAUUUUUUUCCUUUGUCUUUUUCUUUUAAGUUCCUUUUUAUCUAAGCUAGUCAAUUUUCUUGGCCAUCUUUUAUAUUCUCUUUGUUUAGAGUUAACUCCUAACCUGAAAUGAAUAAAUAUUGUUGUUACUAAACCUGUAGGACUGGAUGAAUGGGGUUGCGCAAUUGAUUUGGCAAGAAGAUCAUUCACAAAAAUCAAAUAUGUAUUGAACUAUCUAAACUGAUGGCUGUGACACAAAGAUGACGCUUGAUGUGAUAGUCUGAUAUUUCUUUGCAAGGAAGGAGGAAGAGCAAGUAGGACUCAAAGCACAUUACCAGUAAUGCUGUAUGAAUUGGGACCCACAGUGAUCCUUGGAACCAAGAGUAAAAGGGUGUUUCAGACUAUCUCAGGCUUAUUGGUUGACUUAUAGUUAAUGCCCGAACAAAAAUGCUUUUUUUGUGCUGUCUGUUUUUAAGCUAAAUAUAGCAAAAUCACAAGAAGGAGAAUUUCCACUUCAAAUAAAAGUUUAGAAACCUACCUUCUUUUUUCUUUUGAAAACCAGAUUGCCAGCAUUAGCUCAUGCCUUUUUUGGCCCUCCUGAAGAAGGGAAGAGUGCUUGUUACUCUACCAGCAGAUUUUCAGAACCGUAUCCAUGGUGCUUGUAAUUUCCUGUGCUUCCAUUGAAAUAGUUCCUCUCUAUUUUCAACUGUAUAAUCAUUUACAGAGACUCAAGUAUUUGCUAUUUUUGUUAAACUUUUUAAACAUCUUGUAUUGGGUGCUAAGAUUUCCUCAUGGCCUUCUGAACUUGGAUACAGGACAUCAGAGGGUUCAUAAUCCAGGACAUUUUACAGGAGGUGUUUUUUUAAAUUUAAAGAGAAAAGUACCCUGGGAUUAUAGUGUUUUAGUGAUUUUGUUCAAUUAUGUAAAGUAAUUACUUUGUGCCAGAAAAACCAUGAAAACACUUGACAUUUAACAUAAGUUUUCUAUCUUCUUCAGAGCUGAUAUUUUCUGCUUCUUCUAAACUACUUUGACAUGUAAUAUGACCUGAUAUGAAUACUCCAUAAGAGACCAAUGGUAACCCAUGUUUAAAUAAUUUACUCAUUCCUUUAUUUUAAAUGUUGUUUCCUCCACUGUUUUAAAAAGAAUAAUCAUGGAUAACAUGCAUUCUAGGACAGUGAAGAACAUGAUUUCCUUUGUGUAGAAAAAAUGUGGCCUUAAUGGGUGUAAACGAGUAGUAGUAAUUACUAUGCACUGAUUUACCUCAGGGUACAAACAGUUAAGCCAAUCCAGAGUCCAUGUGGAAAAUAAAUGAAAAGAAGUAAUCCAGCACUUUCUUGAUGCCAUUGGUUGCCAGGGGAUGGAGCUUUGCGCUACUGAAUAUACCUGGCUGCUAGAGCCACCUCAGGACAUUCCUCUCACUUCCCUUUCUUGUUUAUUUAUGGAUGUGUUGAAUAUGAUGAGACCCGAUUUUGAACAACUGAGGUUUUAACUCUUCUGGAUGGUAUUUCUUUCAUUGACCGUCUGAACUUACAAUAAAAGAACAAUUCUGUAUUUUAUUAGCUGUGCUGAAGUCAAUCAGACAUUUUUCCCCUUUGGUUUUUUUGGGGGGUGUGCAAGAUAGUUCUGAUCUUUUAAACUAUUGGGGGUUUUAGGGGCUUGUUUUUGUUUUGUAUAUUUUUAAGGGAAAAAUAGCAGAGACACUCAAAAUGUUCAUACUUGCCAAGUCUUUGCAAAAUGGCAGACUUAAUUUAAAUACGUUAAUAAUGCAGGUAUUUUAAGAAUAUUUCUGUACCAGUCAAAAAUAGCAACCAAUUCAAUUAGCAAAACAUUUCUUCUGUGUUUCAUAUCAAGCUCAAGAACACAUUUACAUGUGUAUACAAUAAUUUUCACCCUUUAUUGAGUCAGAUUUAGUUAUGUUAAACAUCUAUCUGAAUUGAGGGUGUAGUAUGAGAGUUUGCUACUAUAAAGGAUUAUAUUCUGCACAUAAAUUCUUAUAAAUGUGCAAAUUACAUGGUGAAUAGUUUUUAAAUGCACAGAUUUCUUCACAUGUUUAGGCCAUUAAUACCAGAAUGAUUCUAAUUUUCUUUUUAUGUUAAUUUAACAUUUUAAAUUACUCAUGUAUGCUGUACAAAUGUGAAAAAUCUUUUGUUUUAUACCAACCAUAAUUUAUUUUCUAGAAAGUACAUUUGGACUUGGAGUCUGAAGUAGUGUUCUAAAUGCAAAAAUUGCCUAGUGAUAUUUUAAUAUAAUGUGCUUUUUAUUUGAUAAACUUUAAAAUAAGUGUCAAUUAUAGGAAGACCAUUAGUUUGAAUGGAAUAAAGAUUCUUUUUAUUAAAUUAGUACAUGCUGAUUUGGAGUAAUGAGUUAAACACCUAAUUGUUCCUCCCCCCUUUUUUCUUUUAAUCAAACUUAUUAAAAUAGUGAUUCACUUAUUUGUAACAGUUUUUUCUUUUGUAUAUGUUUUGUGUGUGUGUGUUUGUGUGUGUGUGUGUGUGUGUGUCUUCUAAUGUGCAGCACAUUAAAGUAUGGGAAUUGAAUCUUAGUAUUCAUUUAUAUACUAUUUGGUAAUUUGUGUAAUUACACAGUACAGUUCCAAUUUUUUAUGACUUUUAUAAUUACAGUAGCAUUUUUUCUUUUGUAAUAAAAUCCAGUGCAAGGUAAACCUUUACUCUAAAUGUAGAACUGAUAUUUUUUUUUUGUUUGUAUGAAGUACAUGUCUCUCCAACAUGUCUAUAAUGUGAAAGAUCCUGCCUUUCAAAUUUGUUUUAUAAUUAUUAGAAAAAAACCUAUUUUUUGAAAUGUUAUUGAAUUUGACAAAAGCAAUAAAAGUCUACUGAAAUGUUUUA